UCAACAAAUAAAUAAUAAUAGCAACUUUGGCCCGCAAACCACAAACAACACUGCCACCAACACAUUAAUGGUGCAGCAACAGUCCACAGCUGUCAGUCAAGAAAGCAACCAAACAGCAAGUUAUACCAACACAAACAACGGCAACAACUACAACAAUAGUGAAGCUAAAUGCGGCGAGCAGUUGGCGUUUGGUUUGCGCGAACCACCAAUAUUAGUAGCAACAAAACCGUCGACGCGUUCGAGUCGUGUAUUCAGUGAGACGGAUCAGCACGUUUUUGCCGAGGUGAACGCGUGUGAAACACUUGAAAAUGAAACGCCCACAUUUGUAGAUGGCCAGCGCACAACAAGACCAGCAACAACAACAACACACUGUAGUGAUUAUAAAAAAGUACGGAGUCGUGCGCGCAGUACCGAUAAACAGCAGCAACAGCUUUUACAACAACCGAACGUUGAUAUCGAAAUUUCCGCGAACGCUUCAAUUGAUAAGCGCAGCGGCUGCGAAGGCGCUGAGCACGCUGAGGGCAUAGAAGAGGAAACAGCCGCCUCUGAAUGGCAAUUAUUAGCAAAUACUUGCAGAUCUACUAAUAGCGCUAGCCAGCGCUUCACAGAAAAUAACAAACAACAACAACAGCAAAGGUUAUCAUUAAAAACAGCUGAAAAAAGUGUGGAGCCAAACGAGUUUGCGCAUUUGCAAGAAAAACUUGCAGGCGGACAGGUACGCCGCGACGAAACAAACAGCGGCCGCUAUGUCAAAACUUGUACGGCCAUACGCACAGUAAACGUAGGUAACCAGCAACAGCAGCAAUACAAAAACAACAGCAACUACAACAAUAAGAGCAAUAACAAAAACCAGAAAAAUAAAACUAAUAUUAAUAGUGACACAGACCGAGACUGGAGCAGCGCGCUUGCUGAAAAGACGAAUGAGACGUCAUCGUCGUCGUCACGGAGUGACCAGAAUAUAAAACAAACAAACAGCAACGCGCUAGCCGCCAAACAAGUCGUGAACAGAACAACAAAACCAACAUCAACCAUACCAAUUGCCUUGCAAAGAACAGCAAAAGGUGUAGCAAGAAAAAGCGCAGACGUUGAAGUAAAUUCGGCAGAGCGCCUAUCGAUCGCAGCAUCAGCGCGCAGCUGCAGUCAGAGCAGCGACGAACGCCUGGUAGAACAAGCAGCGGCGGCGCCGUAUUGCUAUGACGACAACGACAAGCUAAGCGACGGUGAGCAAAGCUUAAACACAAGUCCGGCGACGCAAUGCUGUAGUCACACGGUUAAAGUGGAAAAAGCGACAGCAGGCAAACAAAAUCAAUAUAAACUUAAGUUAGCCAACAACAAUAGCGCAACGGCAAGAACUCGUUUGGCGAACAGCGUGGACGCCAGCACUUAUAGUAAUUCCACCACCACUACCACCACUUGGACUAACCACAACACCAGUGGCGGCAGCAAUAGUGCUUUGCACGUCAGCGCUAACAACGCUGACACGGAGGAAAAGGUGGUUGUUUCGCGGAGCGGAAAUAGUGAUGUUGGUAAAGCGCACAGCGUCAGCGCGACAACUAACUAUGUGCAUGACGCCAACAGCGCCGUUGAAGACGUGAAAGGAAUUGAGCAAGGCGCUGGCAGCAAGCGUCAGCGCGUAGCUGAAACUAGUUAUCGUCCGAACACUAAAGCGAGCACUUGUAAGACUGCAGUGAAGGCGAACAGAACCAUAGCAGAACGAUCACAACAGCAGCUGCAGGAAAAUGUCGAAUUACUUUUGUUAAUACCACUAAAGGAGGAAGCAAAUCUUUUCGAAAACCAACAAGCGCUCUUCCAGCAAUUCAAUAAUACGACAAAGAAGCGCGGUAAACAAACAAAAUCCUACAGCGCCAUGAUUUCGAUUGGUAAAUUGAAGAACGAUGCCACAACGUCUGGCGGCUAUCUACAAAGUGAAAAUGUAUUCUCAUCUUCAGAUGCCGAAUCGGCAGAUAGCGGCGAUACAGAUACAGAUUUGAGUGACAGUAACGAAAAGGAAUACAAAUCAAAGAGCCGCACGUCCACCGCAGAGUCCGGUGCGCGUCGCUCGGUACAGCGCAGUUAUGAUAUCGCCAGUGUGGCGGGCAUCGAGGCGCUUAUUGUCAGUCAUUUGGAUGAUGACGAUAAGGAUGGCGAUGUGUUGGCGGCCAGCGUCGCUGCCGAACCAUAUGCACGCGUUAGGCGCACACAUUCACGUAGUUCCGCCACUUCCGCGAAGGAUCAGAAUACCAAUACGAGCAGUGAGAACACAACAACCAAUAGUUCGAGCUCGUCCGAGUCGAUCGACACCGAUGACACGGGCACCAUAGCCGAUAGGCGACCCAAAAGCAAACAUUUCGCUAAAGUGUUCGUGGUGAAUCCAGUGCCACGCGCGCACCGGCGACGUGGCGCUUCGACAUCUAGCGAAAAUGAUUCACAAUCAUCGGAUGCCAAUCUCGAAGACUCAUCAGACAAUGAUACGGACACUGAGCGUCCCGAUUGUGGCAUUGUCUUGAAUUCGGUGAAGGUCAUUAGUGAGGAAGAGGCGGGCGCAACGGCAAGCGGCUGGCAUAUGGCUGAUGAAAGUGAGAGUGAUGAUACAAGCACAAGCGACAAUGAACGGAAUGCGCAUAAUGAUGCUGAGUAUCAAAGCGACAAUAAUGAUGAUGAUGAUGAUUAUGAUGGCGGUGACGAUAAUGUUGCCGCUAAUAAACGUAUGUGCAAGACAGUCAAAAGUGAACGCGGACAUGUUGCUGGCAAAUAUGUGGCAACGUCGGCUGAUGAGAUUGCCAAUUGUAUUAUUGUCGUUGGCGGCGAAACCGAUAAUGAAGCGAACGGUAAUGGCGGUGUGGUGUUGCAUGCGAUGCGUCUGUUGAACGACGAAGAGGCGGAGCGGCAAGCGCUGGGUGAACGCGAACGCGAACGUAAAAAGUGCACAGCGACGGCGUCGGGCAGUAGUAAUAGAGCGCGCGCUAUUGGUGGCACAGUUAGCAAGAAAGUGGCAAGUGAGACAGACAUGGCUAGCGCCAAAGGCAACAAAAACAUAAGCAAAAACAACGAAAGCAGCAAAAACGCUGAAGAAAGCCACAUGCAAUGCAUAAAAUCAAGCGAUCGUACAACGCAACAAUUAGAGCAAUUAAGAGCAGCACACGCCGCUACAAACGAGAAAACAACAACAACGAAAACAGAUUUUACAAUAAUGGCAGCAAAAAAUCAAAUAGAAAUUAAAACAGAUUUAGAUAGCAAAACAGCUGUUGCAAUGCCAAAACAUGCCACAGCAAACACAAUAGAUGCGCCAACGAUUUCGUUUGAUUUCAGCGCAACAACAACGAAAAACAAAAACUUUGAAGGCACUGGCGAAGAGCUGAUGCGCGCUGAUGGUGCUGGCGUAAGCGCACCAACAACAACUGCACACGAUUGGGAAAUAGACACGCAAGAAGCCUGCGAUGAGUUGCAUAGCAUUUCGAACGAUGUUAAUCGCUUGUUGGCGCUGACAAAACARAACUCCGAGCUCGAACUGAAAUUGCAAAAAUUGCGACGCGGCGUACAAGAAAUCAACAAAGACCAUCUGCCUUCGGCCAMSACCGCUGAUGGCGCGCUAAAUAGUGUAGCGCAAGCGGAUUACACAUCCGCUACUACAAUGACGCCGCCUAGCAUUUCAAAGUCUUCUUCCACCGCCGCAGCGACGGUAGUGACACCUGAGCGCGGCUUAAGCGAUGACGACAAUAGCGUGGCACAGAACAAUACAGAAGCGCAAAAAAGCGAUGACGCGCACGCCAUUGCUGCUGUUUGCAAUGAUGACGCAACUAAUAGGGACGCGCACAAUGUUAGCGGCGGCGGUGGCGGCGACGGCGACGGCGACGAAGUGAGCGGUGCGCGACCACUGCCGGCAGCUGGUUUUGCACGCGGCGACGAAACGCGAGCACAGCGCCAACAGUGCGAUAUGGUCGGGCAUGAAACUAAAAAUAGUUUUCAAACAGGUUGUGGUGCUACUACACCAAGUACAAAAGAAACAACUAGAACAACAGCAAGCAACACAAAGCUUGCGACUACAACAAUGAGGGAAGCAAUAAUUGAUGGAAACGAAGUACUUGCAACGAAUAUAAAAAUGCUGAGUGCCGACGCGGCGGCUGAAGUAGAGGGAAAGACGCGCAACAACAAAGCAAACAACGAGUGCAACGAUAGCGCGGCACAGGAACAUGACAAAGAGGAGGAAGAAAAUACAGACAUAAAUCAAGAAAAUGAAAAAGUACUUGAGCAACAACGUGCUGCAGAGCAAAAAAAUGCAGAGAAGGCGCUGAAGGCGGACCAAAGCGUUGUGUGUGAGUCGCGCCGCUUGACUGCCGCGCAGGUUGGCGAAACAGGUAAAGAGCGCCAGACUUCUGAGAAGCGCGCAAGUGAUUCUAAUGAAAAAGAAACAGUGAAUGUGACUGAAAUUGAAGAAGUAGAAAAACAACAACAACAAAGCGCUGACAAUACUACGGUGACGAAAAACGAUAAUCGCAUUGUUGUUUGUGCUGAAAACAAAGCAGAAGGUGAGGAUAGCAGCACACAAACGGCUAACUUAAAACAAAAGCAAAACAAUAAAAUAACAACAACAACAACAACAGAGCAACUACAAAAGGUGGCACUUCAAGCAGAUAAUAAAAUUGAAGAAGCGCAUGUAAAUGAGCCGCCGCCGACGACGACGACAACAAACAAAAGGCCAACAACACUAAGCGCGAACGAGCUGGAACAACAGAAAACAGGUACGGAUACAGGUACAAGCCGAACAGCUGAGCAGUGCGCCAAUGUAAACUACAAGCAAAGCAAAGAAAACAUAGUAAAAGAUAAAGUUGAAGAAAAAACGAUUGUAGAAGAAGAAGAAAGCGAAGAAGAGUACUUACAGCCACUACAGCGACCAGCAUGGCUGGGAAGAUUCAGCGAAGCGUGCAAAACGACUAAUGAACUAGCGCCGCCGCAAUCGCUCUCCGGCUGCUUUAUGGACUCGCUCGAGCCAACGAGUAUGCCGACAACUACAACUAAUAACACAACGCCAACAACAAUAAACAACAAAAAUGCACUUGCGAAAAGCGACGAGCAAAGGCAUAAAACACCUGAGCAAAGUGUUUACCAAGCWAAGCAUAUGUUGAGCGACGGCGUAGCAGCGCAGUCACCAGCAGCAGUGGCUUGGCGUCCAACACUGGAAGCGCAAGAGUGCGCGCAGUUAGCUGAAGAGUUGGGAUUGCGAAUUCAUGAAAUGGCAGAAGAGCGUCAGCUGGUUUGUGAGAGCGGGGCGAGUGACGCGCCAGCUGAGAUAGCAACAUCAAAAGCAAUAAUUCACAACAAUGAAGAGCACGAACAUGGAAACGUCACUACAUACACCAAYAACAACAACAACAGCAACGACGACAAUACCGUCAAUGAAAUGGCUAACAUCGUGUCGACGCAUUCGGGCCGAACUCAGCUGAACGCGGCAGCGACAGCGGCCGUGGAAGUCGUACGCGCAGCGUCCGCUAAUGUUUUGGCCAACUCGUUGUGUUUAGUUGAAAAUGAAAUGUUAAACGCGAAAGAUCGCAACGACGGUGACGGUGACGUUGGUGCUGGUGAUAGUGAAUUUGAUAGUGACGGUGUUGUUUCAUUAAAUUCUACACAAAGUGGCAGUGCAAUUUUACAAAUAGGCAACAAGCAAAGUGAACAAGCGCAAAGCGUUGAAAACRAACGCAAUCAAGGUGAAGAAGAUAAAUCGCACGAAGCGUUCGCGUUAGUGCAAAAUAAAUCAAAUAAUAAUAACAACAACACACAAGUUGGUGGUAACAGUGUGAGUGCAUGUGUUUUAAGUGUGGAAAAGCGCAAAGCGGCGCAUAGUGCUAACGAAGCCGAAGACAACGUGAAUCAACAAAAGUCAGGCAAAAUUGAAAAYAAUAGCCACAACAAUAAAAGUGUUACAAAAGCCAAUCAUAAAGUGAAUGCCAAAGUGGUGGUAGUGAAUAACCAAAUAAUAGAAAACGCUAACRAAAAAGGCUACGAGCGCGAGCGUGUACGUGAACGCGGUUACGACGAGCGCGCGGGUCAAGCAGAAACUAUAUACUCCUACAGCGACGAUUACGAGCGCGUAAACGCUUCGAAAGAACAACUAAACCAAGCGCCCGUUAUAGCGUCAUCAAGCGCUUGUGUGGAAUACGCUGAACGCGACAACGGAGCGGUAGUAACAACGGCAGGCGCAAGGGCGGCACACAACACAUACGCACCCCAUUUUAGUGUCAACAACGAAACCUUUAGUGGUAGCAGACAAUUCGAUAGUAUUUUUGGUGACGCUGCCGCACCCAGCACGCGCACGAAAUUCAACGCCAAUUCUGCACCCACAGCCGCGAGCGCAAGUCCCUCCACUUCACUUUCGGCCAAAUAUCGCAGUUUAAUUAUGAUUACAAAAGACAACGGACAAAUCGCUAACGUCAACGAACUGCUGGCCAACAGCAAUGCCAGCGUUGCAUUUGUGGACAAAGCGCAUUUGGCCAGCAACAACAACAAUAGCACAGCAACCACCACUACCACAACAACAAUAACGACAAUAGAAUCUGCGGCUACACGCGUCAAACAAGCCAUACAAACACACGAGAACCGAAUUGGUGGAAUUGAUGGUGGUGGUAUGAAUGGCGCAGAUUGUGUUGGUAGCAGCGCGAAUGGUGGUAGUAUUAUACGUUUGAGUGGUUAUGAGGCGAACGCGCCGCACAGUAAUAGCAGUCAUGCAAAUCACGUUAGCAAUUCCCCCGCAGUUUCAGCACAGCAAAGAACAAGUUUCAGCGAAGUGCACAGCAUAGCCGCAAGAAACGCCAGCAGUGCUAAGAACCACAGAGUAGAUGGCGCUGAUGACUCACUGAAAUCGCCUUCCGCCUCGUCCUCCACCGCCCUGCUAUAUGUUUCGUCGCCAGCUGUUCGCAAUACGAUUAGCCACAACAAUAAUAAUAGCAGGGUGACGUUGUCUUACGACAUGAACGCCAGCGAACAGGCACAUUUUCCCGUGAAUACUGUGGAUUUGCUACGCGAUCAAAAGAUUAUCUACGGUGAUUCGGAAGAGGAAGAUUUCGACAAUCUUUCGAAUGGCCGUGGCAGCGGACGCAGCAGUAGAGUCGGCGCGGAUGACGAUGGAGAUUUUCUAGAUAAUGAGUAUAAUUCGAAAACGAAAGCUGUGUGCUUGGAGGACGGACUAGCGGACGACGACUCUUGGGUAGAGGAGAUCAGUCAUCGUGGUGAUGAAGAUUUCGGUGAUGACACGACGCCAACUGCCUCCGAUUCAGAGGAUCUAAGUAUGGAUGGCGAUGAUACCGUUGCGGCGAACGGCAUGUUUAUCGAUCGCGAAGAGGAAUUGCGUGGGUAUCAUCGUUCCACAAUUGAUUUCACUCUGCAUACGAUAGUGGAAGAGAGUUGUGAAGAAAGUGAAGUCGCCUCAUUGCGUGGCGCUGAAGAUUGCGGUGAGGAGUUGGAUGAGUUAGAGCGACGUCGACAACGCACCAUCAAUCAUCAUAAUCGCUUGUCGGCAUCCGAUUUGGAAAAGUAUUUCUUCUUCGAUUUGGGUGAUGGUAAAGUGAUGAGCUCGAUUGAUACGCGUGGCGAUGACACCGCAUCUGAGGUGAGCAGUGAAUGUUCGGAAGGCCUAGAUUCGCUUGGUGUACCGGAAGAGAAUGCCAACGAUAGUAAUAGUGCCGCAGAACUCGCAUCAUCCCGUUUGGAGAAAUACUUUCUUUCCGGUUUUAUGGGUUUCAGCGCCAGCGAUAAAAACGAAUCCGAUGAGAGCGGUAGCGUGGGCAGUGACAGUGAGGGUCACCCCAGUCCCAGUCAACGGCGCAAACGUUUGGUACGUGCACGUGGCACACCGCGUUCACAUAAUUCCUCAUUGGACAAUCUGCUGGUCGAUUCGCAAUCCUUGCCUGCCGACUCACUCGAGCCGAGUCUCAUGCCAUCCACUGCCAGCGAUCUCUUAGACUCUUCCGAAUCGGAAGCAUGCGAUGACACCGUACUGCAUGUUAGCAGUGGUGGCGAGAAGGCAUUCGAGAGCAGUUCUUCGGACACGAUAAAACGUAAGAAACAAGUACGUAAGCGUCAUGACUCUUUGGAUGAGAAGAAAUUGCAUGACUCUGCCGAGGAUGCUGGGAAAUCAGGUGGAACAAAUGCCGAAUGCCGCACACCCACACCUGGCUCAAUUAGCAGCGCACAAGCGAAGAAACAACAACAUCAUAGCCGUGAUAGCGGUUUUGUAGGCAGCAAUGACGAUCUGCUUAAAUCGCCCGAAACCGAAUUGCCAACGACCAGCGCGGCAGUACGUACCAAAUCGCCMACAGCGCUGGAACAGAUCGAAGAGGUCAAAGAAUCGCCACUAARYGCCACUAGUGAAAGUAUAGUUUUGCCCGAGGUGCGUAUCACGACGCCRAAUGACUCAACAACAACMCUGCAGCCAGAUGGGCUUACGCUCAAGCCACCACUGCCACCCACAGCCAAUGCCAGUUUGGUGCGAAAGGAUAGCUUCAACAAYUGGAGCUCGGAUGAAGAGACCAACUUGAUGAUGUCGAAGAUGCGUCAGUUCUUCAAAACACUGGUGGUCGCCACUGCCAAUGCGCAACAGAACUACGGUUCUGCGAAUAACUCAAAGGGCACCACACCCAAUCAAACCACACCUAUUUCGGURCGACGCAUGAAGACGAGACCACAAUUAGCAUAUUUCGAGAAUGAGCUCACACGCCUGAUGAAAACAGUGCCGGGCAUAAAUGAUGAACAAGUGCGUGAAAUUGUCGAAUACUUGAGUAGUGAGGACACGUGGUCCGACUCAUGCGACUCUUCAGAUUAUACCAGCUCCGAUCUCGAAGGCAGCAAUCGUCGUAAAGGCGAAUUAAAGCAGCAAAUCUCCGCUAGCUGCCAGCAAAUUAUAAAUAAAUUCGAGAUAGAUGAGGAAGGCGAUCGUGGAGACGGCGGUCUGCUUGAGGUCGAUACACACGGCCUGAAUUCGGACACAGCGCUGGUAUAUCAGAAAUUAGUGGCGUCAUUCUCGAAAAUAGCUGUGGGAAAUGCAAAUAACACAACUGCAACGCAAGCCACGGUUGAGCUGCCACCAGCCAGCGCAGAGGACGUCGACACAAAGCGCACUGUGGAAGAAGAUCGAAUUUCAACCGGAAGCACACAGAGCGUAGAACGUUCUCCGCAACUGUUCGCCAAGGUAAUGCAGCACAUCGGCACACGGCUUGUCGCGCUUAUGCACGAGGUAAACAGCGGUAAUGAUUCGCACGGCACCAAUUCGCCAAUUGCGCCACAACGCAAUCACCACAAACGGCUACAAGCCAAAAUAUCCAUUACCACCACGGAGGAUGAAGAAGAGAGCGCUUCGGAGAGUGGGGACCAAGUAAAAUCGGCGCGUAACACRCAUCACACAACACAACAACAACAGUUCGCAUAUCAACACCACCUACACCAGCCGCAUCAUUUGUCACAUCAUCAAACGAAAUCGAACAAAGCGCUACAGGACGAAGCGAAUAAUCUCGCACGUAGCAAAUCACAUGAUCUACUGCUCGACUCAGCCUCGACAUCGGCAGCAUGUAGCAGCAGCGUAAGCGGUAGCAGUACAGGGGCGACACGUCCACACCAUCAUCAAUCGAGCAGCGGUGUCAGCGAUACCGCCGGCGAGGAGUGUGGGGUCGCCAGCGAUUAUGAACGAUUCUCGUGGCGCGGUAGUUUUGAAUCGGCAUUACUGGCUAAUGGCGAUUCCAGAACGAAACUCAGUCAACUCGAUCGUGACAACUCAUCGUCUGCGUCCGCUUUGGCCGUUGCAAAGCGUCGUUCGGCAGGUGAUCUGUUGUUCAAUCACAAGAGUAUGAGUCGCGAGCAACUAGAUCGUGUGCGCUCGUGUGGCAGCAUUGGUGGCGGCGAUGAAAGGCAUCAAGAGCUGGAGGCAUCCCCGGCCAAACCCUGGGUUACCACCAGCGAUUGCAAGGAUGUGCGACGCUCGAGCGUACCAGAUGCCAUCUACGAAUCGGAUUCAUCGGAUGAGGACACAUUCGGUGCGCGUUCAACAUUACCGCGCAGCUUAAACGGUGUUACGCAARWGGCCAGUACCAAUUCACUGCCACGUCUACCCACUACAAGUAUAGGCGCCACAGCUGCGUCGAAUGUUAGCGCCAGCGUGGCACAAACCACAAUCGCCACGUCGACGCCGCUCACCAAAUCGCAAGGCGCGCUCAAUUACAACUCCGGUGGUAGCGCCAAGAGCGCGCGUUAUCGUUCACCGAGUUUGGCAAGUCGCGCCAGCGCAUCCUUGAGCGCGAAGAAGUCCAGCGCCAGCUUGGGCUUGCAGCAUUUCCUCUACUCGAAGCGUGAUGCGCGCAAGCGCUUGAAUAUGUCGAGCGAGGAGGCCAAAGCUGCCGCCGAGGAAUCCAAUCAAUCGCCAGUUAUUGGCAAACGCAAUGAGUCCACAGCCAGUCCGAUCCAGUCACGUGGCAGCGGCACAAGCGAAACAUGGCCGACGCAAUCGGAUGAGGAUAUCGAUCGUUUGGUGGCGAUGCAUCAAAAUCGCGAUAGCCUCAGCUCUUUGGGUCUGCGCUCGGAUUCCAUGGCCAGCGUUUACUCAGGCGCCGGCGAGGGACGCUAUGGCACAGUGGUAGUCAAAGGUCAGGUUGAGUUCGGCAUGCAAUACAACUAUAAACUGGGCGCGCUKGAGAUACAUGUGGUACGUUGCAAAGACCUCGCUGCYGUCGAUGUGAAGCGCAAUCGCAGUGAUCCAUAUGUGAAGGUCUAUCUGCUGCCCGACAAAUCGAAGGCUGGCAAACGUAAAACCAAAGUUAAGAAGCACACACUCAAUCCGAUUUUCGAUGAAAUACUACGUUUCCACAUGCCCAUCUCCAGCUUGGAGUCGCGCACUUUGUGGCUCACCGUUUGGCAUUCGGACAUGUUUGGACGCAAUGAUUUUCUCGGUGAAGUUAGCGUCAGUUUGCAGGGCAAAGUAUUCGAUAAUCCGCAAUCACAAUGGUAUCUGCUGCAGGAGCGGAGUGAACCCUUCGAUGAGAUAGCCACGUAUCGCGGUGAUAUUGUUGUUGGGCUGAAGUAUAUACCACCAGAGAUGGUGCGUCCCGGCUUUAUGCGUAGCGCCUCCACCUGCAGCGGUAGUUCAAAUCUGCGUAAAUUUGGUAGCAUCAAAUCGGUGGCGUCGCGUUCYGAUCGCUCGACAAAAGGCGGCCAGCUGCAUGUGCUCGUGAAGGAGGCGAAACAUUUGAGUCCAAUUAAAGUGAACGGCACUUGUGAUGCAUUCUGUAAAAGUUACUUGCUGCCCGACCGUACGCGUAGCUCCAAACAAAAAACGCCAGUUGUGAAACGCUCAUUACAUCCCACUUGGAAUUAUACUUUCAUCUAUGAGGACGUAUCGCUGGACGAUUUGUCCGAACGCGCGCUGGAAUUGACGGUGUGGGAUCACGAUCGUUUGGCGAGUAAUGAGUUCCUCGGCGGUGUACGCUUUUCACUGGGCACAGGCAAAAGCUACGGACGCCCUGUCGAAUGGAUGGAUGCAACCGGCAAGGAGCUCUCUCUUUGGCAAAAUAUGAUUGAUCGUCCGAACUUCUGGGUCGAAGGCAGUUUAAUAUUACGAUCGACACUAGAUGGUAUACGUGCAAUACCGUAAAUGUAAAUAAAGCACACGCCCACAACAUACCUAAGUAAAUAAUUUUUGUACCAGUUCAAUUUGUAGCUGUGCGUUUAAAAGAAAACUUUUCAACUCUAAUGAAAAGUAAGCAAAAAAAGUUGAAAAAUCUUUAAACAAAAGAGAAAAUUAAAAAUGCAAC